CAGCAAGAACUUUCGUCAGGAGCACGAGCAGAGAGUGAGAAGACCCUACAAUCCGUUAUCAGUGACGCCAAGGUCUUUGAUGACGAUGACGACCAACCGACCUGAGCUCAGGCAACUUCUUCUUUUGCUGCUAAGCACAAGCAGCCUGGUUUCCUCCAGACGCUUACUCACUGUGGGCGAAGGGUCCCAAAACAGAAUCACCACACAGCAGCAAGGUAUAGGGGCCACGCCCCAUACGGGUCCUGAAAUUCUGUUCAGCGAGGCUCUUUCACAGACUUUACCCACUGCAAGGUUGAACGAACAGGCUCUUGAUGGUGGUCGUACAACAGUUCAGCAUGCUUCAGAAGUAGUCACCAGCCAACAUCCCAAGAGAAGUGAAACUUCUGGAAUUCCUCAUCUCGGUACAGGAAAUGAAAGACACAUCUCUGAACACUUGCCAGCAGGUACCGAACAUCCAGCAUAUAGCAAAAGUUAUCUACAUUCUCAGCUUCCUGUGAGUAACCCAGCGUCUGCAUUACCACCAGGAAGUUCUACUCCCACCCUUCCUGUGAGAAACAGCAGUUCUGUCUCACCACAAGGAACUUCUGUUCUCACCGCAUCUGUCCCAGCCACUCCUAAAAAGAUGACCCCAAACCACGCCACACAUUCUGCAGUCAAUGUCCCAACGAUGCACAAAACAAAUGGAUCCUUCCUGCCGAGAACAACAGGCCAGCAAGUCCAUGAUUGGAACAAGACUACGAGCAUGCGCAGCACCCAAACGCAAGCCACGCCCACCACGAGUAGGGACAAGGAUCACGUUUGCUCCACCGCCACCCAGAAGAGGGAUAGCCUCGCGGGCCGCUGCCUUAUUGCCAUCGCCGUGCUGGCUGGCCUGGCGACCACCUUCAUUGUGAUCACCAUCGUCUUGGCAACGAAGCUGGCAGGCCGCAAGUACAGGCACCAGCCUCACGUGCUUGAGGACUUGGACACAGAGAUGCUAUGCAUCUCUCGUGUGGUCAGCGGUGGUUUCGGUGGUGGCGGCAGCGACAUGGACCGGCCCGUGCCCAAGCCCAGACGGCCCAGGAACAAUGGCGUGUUGAUCCCCACCACGGAUGACGAGGAUGGGGAUGACCUCACCCUCAAUAGCUUCCUCCCUGACACAGAAUGUGCAGCGUAGAGAUGCUAUUGAGCUUUCUGUUUUAAUCAGGUCUUCCUCUGUGGCUCUAACUGAAGGAAAUCUGAAAAGUUUUAUAUACCCACACCCAGAAAAGAGGGGGAGAGAUCUUCACUAGAAUGCUUUACUCUUCUGUCAGAAGUUCUAGCUCACUGACUGAGAGAAUCUGCAACUGGUUUGUAAAGAAAUAAAUGCAAACAUAACUUCUGACGUAUCCCGCUGAAAACCUGGAUACAGCGCCGCAGUGCUUUUUCCUCAUAUACUACAUCAGUCCCUUUCCUGAACAUGAGGAGGGCCUCAGCUAACGUGAAAGGGGUAAUGUGUCUGUGCGAGUGUUCAGUAUAGCUUAGCGUGCAGGAAGUAUGCCUGAACAGGCUAGAGUGAUGAGGAGGAGCAAGUUGCCCAUUUUAAGUAAAGCUCCAGGAGCUCUAAUUGUCUGCCAAGUAACAGAAGCAUGAAUGUUGGUGCUCUUUCUGAAUGUUGGAUCACACAUUUUUUAAAAUACUGUGGAGUAAUAAACAUCAUAUGCACAUGUUAACCAAUAUUUACGUAUUUGGAUAUAUAAUGGAGUGAGUGAAAAUGCAUUUAGGGGAGCGACCUACUCUAUAACUCUACCAGACUGCCAUGUUUUUCACAGAGAACUGUAAUAUGUGAUCUUUUGGCACCACUGUAGGUUCUAUAUUUUAAAUUAAAACUGAAUGUGAAAGGCAUUGUAGUCUAUUGGGUACAGCAAUAGAACAGAAUUAGAAUAGGUAGAAUUUAUUUAAUAAAGUGGCAGUGUGUAUACUGAAGUCUUUUUUUUUUUUUUUUUUUUUUUUUUUUUGAUGCUUAUUGGAUGUUGAACACUCUACACUCCUUAUCUAUCUGGGCCAUUUCCCAAAAUCACCAUAGUCUUAAGAUCAUCUUUAAGCAGUUUAAGAUUUAGGAUGGUCUUUGUUUUUCGAUGCUUUAAAAGCAUCCCAACCCUAAUUCUUGCUGAUGGAUUGCCUUUGCACAUGUAUUAUAUUUUCAGAUUCAGUUGUAUUCCCCCCCCGCGCUACAAUUAUGUAACUUUGAUGUCUUUCUGAAUAGAUUUCUACUUUCUGCAUUCAUUUUAUUUUAAAACCUUUUUUUCCCCUCUCGUUUGUAUCUACUGUAAGC